AUGCUCAGUCAGUUCGACUUUCCAGCACUUAGCUGGUUGUGGUGGCUCUUUCAUCAUCUCGCCAUGCCUCCUAAGGGGAAGCCUGGCAAGCCUGCUACCAACAAGAUGGACCCUGCUGCUGCUGCGCUUAAGACGCCGUCUACGGGCUCCACGGCUCGUCCGGCCUUGGUCACUGCUGUCCCGUCGAAGUCCGCGCGUACUCUGUUUGCGGAGGAAGACCCAGAAUCUCGGACGCUGUCGGCUAAGCUGGCUGCUCUUCGUAUUGAGCAAGCUGCUGGAGGGAAGGCAGGCAACGGCAAAGGAAAGGACGGUGAUUUCAAGGAUGCGGUCUCUGAUACGGAAGAAGAGGUUGCUGCUGAGGAUGUUGCUGGGGAGUCUUCCUCUGGCGCUGCUCGUCAUUUCUGCAUCCUGGAUGAUGAAGAUGAUGGCCUUAUUGCUCACUACCCGAAGGAGUGUUUUGAGGAUAAGGCGAAGGAGGUGCUCGCGGCGAAGUUGCGCUUCCCGCUAACGUUGCUGAUUUCAAGCGACCAUCUGCAAGAAGUUCGUCGCACGCAGGCAACGGUUAAGGAACUGCUGGGAACGGCGUGGGCGGCUGCGACAGUAGCCACGGCAACGUCAAGGAUGUUUCUCAAGGAUCCAGCGCUGGUGCUGGUCUCGACGUCUGGCAACAGGGAGGAGUGGGUCUGCCUGCUCGAAUGCUGCGAGAAGGGGAAAGGUACCUCCUUCGAGCAGGCCGCUCACCACGCGAUGUCUCAGCGUCACCUGGAGGGACUGGCGAAGCAGGGUGCUGCUACGCGUGCUCUCAAGGCCAAUUUGAGCCUUCGUGUGCUGCGCAAGGAAUACGGGAUUCAGUGA